CAUAUAAAGUUUUAUUCUAUAGCCAACACUGGAUCCUCUAAACCAGAGGUUUUCAAACUUUGUUGUGUCAAGGACCCCUAAAAUUGAUACACAUUAGGUCACAGACCCACAUAUGAUAAGGUUUUGCUUCAGGGACCUCCAUCUAAAAUUUGUUUGGUUGUUAGAUAUUAUUCAGACCAGAUUAUAUUGUCAACUACAGUGGAGGAGAUAACUGGGUAGGAGGAGGAGGUUCAGAAGUAGAGGUCCUCUCUUUUAACACAAAGGUUUAUUUCCAAAACUCAAACUGCAGUUAAACAAAGGAGGGAGCAAACUCACGUGGGUUUAAAUCUGAAAGAAACAAAUACAAAAUUAGAACUUCAGUCAAAUUAGAAAAACGUUCAUCUUCAUAAAGGGAAAAUAACGCUCAAAGUUGAGCUAAUAACGUACAGGAUAAACUAAAGAGAAAGAAACUGCUUACCAGCACUGCCACCCCAUGGGAUGAUGAAGAAAGAAUGAGUGCAAUGGUGUUCAGGGUUUAUGAAGGGGCGAGCAAGUGAAGUCAGUCAGGUUAAUGAGUGAACAAAGAGUGAAAGGAACCAAUUGACGAAAGGGGAGGAAAGGAAGUGAGGUAAGCGAGGAAAAGUAGUGUCAAAAUAAAGAAAAAUAGAAAUCUUUACUACAAGAAUAAUCACUCUCAUGUCUUUUACUCACACUGGGGUUAAUUAGAUAGUGGAAAUAAACUAUUCCCCACUGUCAAGGGACCCACUGCAUUUCUCUCAAGGACCCCUGGUUGAGAGCCACUGCUCUAAAUAGCGGAGCAGCUCCCCCGAAGAUGAUUACCAAGUAUGAAACCCCACCAGUUAACUAAUUUCAUUGUCCAAAAUGUUGCAAAGUCAAAACAAGCUCUGAAACACCAGGAGAAAGACUAAGAGAUAGAAGUGCCUGUAAAGUAAUCUGCUGUGCACUGCUAACCAAAUCCCUACAAUUUCCACAAAGCUGCAAAGCCUUUUUACUUAUCAUGUUGUAACAAAACAAAAUAGAAAUUAGAUACUUGGAUGCUUGAAGCUUAUAGUGCAGUGUCAACGGUGGCACCUCCACUGCAUUCUUUUGUGAAUGGCACAGCAGUGAAUGUCUUCGGUAUGUAGUGCCAAAACUCAUGGCCUUUUGUAACAACAUGCUGAGAGCACGAAGUGUUGAGAUGAAUCUACUGUGCCUGCGGUUGUGUGGCAACUCUAUUCUCCUCUACACUUGCUAAUCCCAUAGGGUCUUUGAUUUUCAGUGUGAACACCUGUUUACAACCACCUGUGCAACAGUCACACACAAGGAGAGCUGCAGGGACAGAUGGAGUCUGACCCUUAACUACCAGUUGGUGUCACUGUGCACCAACUGCUCAGUUUUCUCCGACACCAUGUCCUUACCUGCUUUCGUUGUAUCCAGGAGCGUCUCACCUACAGUAUCUUUGUGACUUUGGCUGAGAGUUGUUAAAAUUAUGAUGGAAACAUCAUCCUUAAACGUUUAGUAGAAAGCAAAUCCUUCAUGGAAAAGUAACAUCUACUCAAGUUCUGUGUACUUGACUUGACUUGACUUGUACUUGACAAAGCUUUUUCUGAAAAAUACACACAACCACUACAAUCUCUAAUAUCUACUGUACAGUUGCUAAGUAAUUCAACAUACAUCUGUCAAACUGCUGAGGAUUGCAUGAGCCAAAAAAAAAAAAAAAAAAAAAAAAAUUCCGCACAUCAGAAGUCAGAUAUUUCAUUUUUUGCCAACAUCCUUAUCUACACCUUCUCACCUAUCCUUUAAUGUACUCUCCCUGUCUGUUAUUGCAAACAUACUGAACAUAACCCAAUCUAUAUUCAUAAAGAACUUAAAAAGUUACCAGAGCUCUCAGACUGUUUGAUCUGUUAUUUUCCUCCUGAAUGUUACAGGCCAGUGGUGUGCAACCUUUAGUAUCAAAAGAGCCAUUUUUGGACAAAACAAAAAGAAAAAGAAAAAUGCCUAGAGCUACAAAAACAUAUUUGAUCCUUAUGCUCUGGAGCUGCAGGUUGCCUACCCCUGGUAUAGGUGGUCCUAUGGCCAUAAAUGUGAAGGAAUAUUCUAAUCAAAUUAGUUUAGCCAACUUAAAACACUUUCUCCUUUGCCAAAUAAAAAAAAUUGCAUUCAAAUCUUUAACUUCUUUUUAUUGACAUUUCUUACUUUGAACUUUUAAUUACCCUUGUCACCUCUGAGACUCACCCUGGCCUAGUCUCUAACGAAACUUGAUGUCAAUGAAUUUGUGGAGGUGGGGAGUACAAGGAAGACUGCAUUACAUUUCUGGAAUGGCAUGUGUUGCAGAUCACAUUAGGCCCUUUGGCACAAGCCACGGGGAAGUUGUUGAAAGAAAUGCCUGUCAUAAGGAAGGAGAAGCUCACAAAGAUGCAGAGAGAGGAAUGGGAGGGAGGGAGCAUGCGUGUGUGUGUGUCUGUAUCAGCGGAUCAGAGGAGAGUGAAAGCAACACAGAUUAACUACGAAAGGAAAGCCAGACUUGUUUUUCCUGUUUCUGCAUAUCUCGAGAAGGUGGGACGUCCUCGUGUAAACAGCUAAGCUCAGUGCUCAAACAGCUCAGCACCAGGACUGGUCUCUGUGCCUUUUUUUAAAGACUCAAACCACAAUAAAAGAUGUCUAAAUCACCGCCUCCAGUGGUCCCCAGAAAGCAUUCAGGUGUCAGAGUCAUGAUAAUUCCAGGACAGCAGCCCGCUCCUACUGGUCUGCCUACCUACACAGGUUUUGGCAAAGAGAAUGGUGCCAGUGGGGAGUCAAAUCAUACAUCUCUACUUAAUGCAGAGAGAGAAGUGGAGAUUAUGAAUCACUGCUUUGACGAUGUGGAGCGAUUCAUGGCACGCUUGCAGCAGACAGCUGAGGCCCAGACUAUUCUCAACCAAAGGAGGAAAAAGAGAAGCAGAAAGAGCAAGAAGAAGGAGGAUCAUGAUGAUGAUUUGUUGACCCUGAAAGCUCUCCCUCCGUCUGAGGAAGAAUUUGUAGACAUCUUUCAAAAAAUCAAGUACUCCCUCAGUCUGCUGGAUCGUCUCAAGUCAUCCAUCAAACAGCCUGACGCACCAGAGCUGCUGCAUUCCAUCUUUGUACCUCUUAGACUGAUGGUGAAGACCACUGGAGGGCCAGCGUUAGGAGCGUCGGUGCUCAGUCCUGCUAUGACCAGUGGUGCUGUUUCACUGCUUCAGGAGCAUCUGACCAAAGAUGAAAAGGAGCUCUGGACUUCAUUAGGGCCCAACUGGAUUUCACCCUGUUCGCAACUCAGUGUGUCUGUCCCUCCAUACUCACCUGUCUUCCUGGAUGGGUGGCAGCCUCAGGCUUAUGACUCAACUGGCCAGCUUUGCGAAGAUCCGAUCCAGUCGCAGCACAAACAAGAUGCUCUCAUGGAAAGUAGGGGGACGCGAAAUCUACAGGUGCAAGCUCGACAGAUAGCACAGAGCCCGGGUGAAGGCACUGAUGAAGUAGAAGGAAAUGGGCUUCCACCAGAGGGUGAGAGACUUUUCUGCUGCAGUUACGACUUUGUGGCCAGAAACAGCAGUGAGCUCUCUGUGCUACAAGGAGAAACAUUAGAGGUCAUCGAGUCGUCGAAGCGGUGGUGGAAGUGUCGGAAUCGCUUUGACCAGAUAGGAUUUGUCCCCUUUAAUAUCCUGGAGCCUCUGUCUGCGUUGAAUAACACUGGGGGAGGCAGCCCCGUGGUACUUAGAGAUUCAAAGACGCCCCUUUCCCCUCGGACAAAGUACUUCUCAUAUGCUCCACCAAGCCCAGUUAGGACUAGUCCUGCUGCUACAAGCCCAAUGCGACCACAGAGCAUGGUUCUACCAUCUCAAAUGAUGCAAGGAGAAGACAGUGACCCAGUCCUGAUAAUAAAUGAUGAGCUCCUUCAGCGGCUAGCUGGGAGAAGAGACUCAGCCCGUCCGCCGGUGGUCCCCCGCACAGCUGACACUUCUACUCCCCUGAACUACCACUCACCAGCUGUUGAGGUGAAGGCCUGGCUCAACACCAAGGGCUUCAGCCAACAGACAGUACAGAGUCUGGGCAUUUUAAAUGGAGCGCAGCUUUUUUCCCUGGAUAAAGGUGAACUCUGCACCGUGUCACCGGACGAAGGCCAGAGAGUCUACAGCCAAAUUAUGGUGCAGAAGGCCCUUCUUGAGGAUGUGCGCAAAGCAACAGAACUAGAGACGGCAAUGGAGAAACAAAAGCUGAAGAUCGACCUGAACUUGGAGAGUGAUAUAGUGUGACGGACAUCCACUAACAGACAUGGCAACAAAGAUCAAUGGAGAUCAAUGUGGUUAAGCAUAUACAGUGAUGGUGCAGCUGAAUUGUAUUCUUUUAAUCGUACAUGCUGUAUAUCUACAUGCUACAAAUUCAUCAACAAAAGUAAGCUGCGUUAAAAGUAAAGCUCACUCACUAACACUCUGAUUGAUGAUGGGACUAUUUUGGAUUUUUACAUGUAUUUAAGAAAGAGGGGCUUUAAAACUUCAACUUCUUGCCAGAGUUUUACUUCAAGGUUCUGUAUACAUUGUUCAGAGCAUUAAUAUAGCAGAGAACCAAUAUUUGGAGUAAUGGCAUCCUGAGCAGAGAAUGAAGUCAGACUACCUCUGUGUGUGUUGUUAUCCAGGCCUCUUUGUUUGCUGCUUUGGUAGCCAGUCCUGCCAUAUGUACAUUUAUUGCAUUUAACGCCUCAUUCCCGCAUAGCUCUGUGUACAUUAGCAUGUCAGCUGAAAGUCCAUUCAUUCCUGUGAGAAUCUCAAGAUCGCCAAUGGAUUUGCUAAACUUUUGGACUGAAUGCACUGUUCUACAGGAAAUUUGCAUAAAAAUGAAUUAGCUGACAGAUUGAUGAAUGAUUGAUGAUACAUUCUUCCUUAGUAAAAAGUUUGACGGCAAGUUUAGCUAUCUAACACUGGUAGCAUGUUAACUGUGUUACAUGUAAUGUGCAUGCAACAGGCUCCAUUCGCAUAAUCCACAAGACUAGGUGGUUGAAAAUGCUUAAAAUUAACUUUUCUGCCAUUUCUACUGUGGCAUUUUUAUCUUUUCAUGAAAAUAUUUCCUUGUGUUGACCACUAGGGGCCUACUCUGUAUACUAUACGCAAAUACACAGCCUUGCUGCCAAUUUUCCCCAGUGGCCACUCACUCGCAAAGAAAAAACCUGUGGCCUAAAAAGCAUUCUCCCCAUAGACCGUCAUUGUAAAAGAGGUGUCUGGACACCUCAAACUGCAAACAAGGUCAUAUAUGACUCUUUUUUGAAUUUUUGAUUCAUGGAGGUUUUAUAUUUGUAAAACUUUCCUCAAGCCGAGAAAAGCAAUUUAAAAAUUCAUGAGAUCAUCACAACUAGUGGGAGAAACACUACUGCGCAUAUUCAGUGGGCUGUGGAAGAAAGCCCUAAAAUUAAACUUUUUUUUGGUGGAUGCACCAGGUGAGCAAUUCCAUUGCAAUGAAUAGGUGCCAUCUUGGGAUCCAGUAUCUAGGUAUUAUUAUUUUAAAUUAUGGUAAAUACUGACACAAAACAAAACUCUGUGGAAACAAGUCAAAAGUCCCUGUCUGCACCAAUACAGCAGCUCCAGGUUAACAAUGUUAAUUUGACACUGUUGCCAGCUUAUCCAUUUCCAUGUUGAGAACCCAUCCAUCCAUUUUCUAACUGCUUAUCCUCUUGAGGGUCGCAGGGGGGCUGGAGCCCAUCCCAGCUGACCUUGGGUGAGAGGCAGGGUACACCCUGACUAUCAGACUAUCUCAGGGCUGACUCUUAGAGACAGACAACCAUUCACACCUAUGGACAAUUUAUAGAGUCACCAAUCAACCUGUCCCCAACCUGCAUGACUUUGGACUGUAGGAGGAAGCCGGAGUACCCCGAGAAAACCCAUGCUCCCAACCCAAUUCCGCACAGAAGGGCUCCCAUACCCGGGAUCGAAACAGGAACCUUCUUGCUGUGAGGCGACAGUGCUAACCCCCACACCAUUGUGCCUCCCCUAUGUUGAGAACCGUGUGCAGACAAUCUGUAUCAGACUGUGCAUCAUAGAUAUGCUCUGAAUGUUGUAUACAGCUCCUUCAAGCUAUUCUGACCGUUUGGUGUUCAUAGUAUGUUUUACAAUUUAAAAAUUUCUGUCAU